AUGGCUGAAGAGGCACAGGUAAAGGUCAGAUUCUUCACCAGAGAACAAGAUGAGAAUUUGAAGAUCGAAGAUACGACUCUUUUUGCACCAGUAUCGCUAAAAAGAUACGGUCUUUCCGAAAUCGUCAAUCAUCUGCUGAAACCAGAUUCGCCAGUGCCAUUCGACUUUUUGAUCGACGGCGAGCUUCUUCGUACCUCGCUGGAUGUCUAUUUGACCAAAAAAGGCUUGUCUUCGGAAUCGCUGCUCAACGUCGAAUAUACCAGGGCUGUGCUACCACCUUCGUAUCUGAAAAGUUUCAACAAUGACGAUUGGGUCAGCGCUUUGGAUGUGGGCAGUGCACGCAUCUUGAGUGGUUCCUACGACGGUAUAGUACGUACAUGGAAUCUCUCGGGAAAAAUCGAAAAGCAGUAUGCUGGCCAUUCCGGUGCCGUUCGUGCUGUAAGAUACAUAUCCGGCACCAGACUAGUUUCGGGCGCCAAUGACCGUACUCUACGUCUGUGGAAAUCCAAAAACGAUGAUCUGAAAAACAACCUUGAAGCGGACGAUGAAGAUGUGGAAGAAGGAAAAACUUUGGCCAUUCUGGAGGCUCACAAGGCCCCAGUUGUCACUUUGGAUGUCAGUAAUGACCGCAUUUUGUCCGGCUCGUAUGAUCACUCGCUUGCAUUCUGGUCCACAAAUCAUAAGGAAAUGACCGCACUCGACCCUAUGGAUGCUCUAGGAUCCUCGGUGUCGUCGGCCGCCAAAAAGAGAAGAAAGCUCGCACUCAAAGACGGUUCUGUGAGAAGGCGGUCGCCUCUUGCUCUUCUAGAGUCACAUACCGCUCCCGUGGAGGCUGUUCGUUUCGAUGCACAAGACAAUACGGUUGGUUAUUCUGUGUCUCAAGACCAUUCUAUCAAAACUUGGGACUUGGUCACAUCUCGUUGCAUUGAUACAAAACAUACAUCCUACUCACUUCUGUCUCUAGCACAACUGCCGCAGCUAAAUUUGUUGGCUUGUGGGUCAAGUGCCAGACAUAUCACGCUACAUGACCCCCGUGUGGGCUCUUCAGCCAAAAUCACUCAGCAGCAGCUCAAUGGCCAUAAGGGUUUUGUCGUCUCUCUUGAUACGUGCCCUGAAAAUGAAUACCUAUUGUGCUCUGGAUCCCACGACGGAACUGUGAAAGUUUGGGAUGUCCGUUCCACGUCGCCAAUGUACACUAUUACCAGGGAAGCCGAUGUUGUUAAAGGCAUCAACGAUAAAGUUUUUGACGUUAAAUGGGCCAAGGGCCUCGGAAUCAUCAGUGGUGGACAGGACAAAAAGAUUCAAAUCAAUAAAGGUGACGACAUCUUUAAGGCUUGA